AUGGGUAGCUUCAGCGAAGACGAUGAAUGUCAUUUUUUCGAUGCUCAAGAGGAUGUUGUAUCUGUUGCGGAUGAUGAAGGGCUAUCCAAUGCUUUUGAGUAUGGAGUGUGGAUUCGGAGUCCAGGGAGUGUCAGAGAGCGUAGGGGCAGGUUUAUGAAGAGUAUCGGACUGAGUAGUGUAGAUUUGAUUGCCCUAGAAAGUGAACGCUCAGUAGAUGUGGGUAGUGUUCAGUGUGAAGAGGUAAUGGAUAGAGUUAAAGUUACUAGUGGGGCUGUGACCGGAAAUUGUGUUGUAGAAGAAGAAUUCUGUUCAAGCCGGACAUCAAUGUCUUGUUGGCAAAGGGAGAAUUCUCCAGAGGAGUUUGGUUUAGCGGAUAACUCGCCGUGUAGAGAUCGGAAUUUGGAGGGUAAUGUGGAUCAGGAGGGACUACAGUGUAGGGAGAUGUGUGAUGGAAGAGAUCUGGAUUCAGAUCGGUUGGUGGUUGUCCAAGAACCUAAUGAUUCAGAGAAUGCCUUUAGGGAAACGGAUGCCAAUGCUUCUGCUCGGAGAACAAGCAGGGUUAGAAAGGGUUGGUUCAGGAGAUUGCGGUCGAUAACAUGCAUGGUUAAUAGGCAUGAGGAAGGUGGUUUUGAAAGAGGAGAAGGCCUUGGUGAAAUGCCAGGGUGUAGGCUUCCGAAAGUUAAGGUUCGUCAGCUGAAGAAGCCCACGAAGGAACUUUCAGCUCUUUACAUGAGGCAAGAUAUCCAAGCACAUGAAGGUUCAAUUUUGACCAUGAAGUUCAGUCCUGAUGGGCAGUAUCUUGCUAGUGGUGGUGAAGAUGGGGUUGUGCGCUUGUGGCAAGUGGUUGAGGAUGAUAGAUGUAACGAAGUUGAUAUUCCAGAAAUUGAUCCAUCUUGCAUUUAUUUUACCGUGAAUAAUCUAUCUGAAUUGACACCACUAUUUAUGGAUAAAGAAAAAUUAAGCAAACUGAGGAGCCUGAAAAAAACUUCAGAUUCUGCUUGCGUAGUUUUUCCUCCUAAGAUCUUCCGGUUGUUAGAGAAACCAUUGAAUGAGUUUCGUGGGCAUAGAGGUGAAGUUUUGGAUCUCUCUUGGUCAAACAAUAAUUAUCUUCUGUCAUCUUCAGUUGACAAAACUGUCCGACUAUGGCAAGUGAAUCAUGACACUUGCUUGAAGGUUUUCUCACACAGUAAUUAUGUGACGAGCAUACAAUUCAAUCCCGUGGAUGAUAAUUAUUUCAUUAGUGGAUCUAUAGAUGGAAAAGUGCGCAUCUGGGCUAUUCCUGAAUGUCAUGUUGUUGAUUGGAUUGAUAUCAAAGAUAUAGUGACUGCAGUAUGCUACCGGCCUGAUGGGCAGGGAGGGAUUAUUGGCUCUUUGGCUGGCAAUUGUCGGUUUUACAAUAUAUCAGAGAAUCGCUUGCAGUUAGAUUCCCAACUAUGCUUGAUUGGUAAAAAGAAACUUCCUGGCAGAGGGAUUACUGGGUUUCAGUUUGUUCCGCAUGACUCUAACAAAGUUAUGGUCUCCUGUGCUGAUUCACAAGUCAGAAUCCUUGACGGCCUCAAUGUGAUUGGCAAGUACAAAAGCCUUAACGCAGGGAGCCCAAUGUGUGCAUCGUUUACUUCUGAUGGGAAACAUAUUCUAUCAGCAUGUGAGGACUCCAACGUAUACCUCUGGAAUGUUAGUCAGGAAGAGUCUAAUUCUGCGAAAGCUAAGAAGAUUACAUCUUGUGAGCGGUUUUUCUCAAAUGCAUCUGUAGCAGUACCUUGGCAUGGUUUGAAAUCUAGAAAUGUUGAAAAUGAACAUCGAUUGGAUGUGUUGGAUAAAAGAUCAUCUCAAGUUAUACAACUUAAUACACCUGCUUCCUUCUCUCUGAAUCAAGAGUUUAUUUUAGAGUCUUUUCCAAAGGGGUCUGCAACUUGGCCCGAGGAGAAGCUUCCUGUUUCAAGUUCCAAGGCUAAAACAUCAGUGAUGCACAAAUCCGAAUACAAGUUCUUGAAGUCUUCUUGCAAGAGUACUUCCUCUGCUCACGUGUGGGGUAUGGUCAUUGUCACUGGUGGCUGGGAUGGAAGGAUAAAAUCAUUCCACAAUUAUGGGCUACCUAUACCCGUUUGA